AUGCUCCGUUCCCGUCUCUCAUGUGCACCUACGCUAGCAUCCUCAGCGUGGCGUGCGCGAGCCAUCGCUCCUAGCCCAGCAUGCCUCUCUCUCCUGCAGCUUGGAACGCGAGGUUACAGCGCGGAAGCUUCAGCUCCCACUCACUCCCAUGAUGUUGCAAUCCUCGGUGGUGGCAUCACCGGUCUGGCCAGCGCCUACUUCCUGACUCGUCAAUUCCCCAAUGCCAAAGUAACGCUGUACGAAGCCAAAGAACGGGUUGGGGGAUGGCUGGAAUCGAAGCGAGUGCCAGUCAAGGAUGGCAACAUUCUCUUUGAGGCUGGACCUCGCACAUUGCGCCCACAGUCGAAUGGCGUACUCGCGGCGAGAUUGAUGCAAGAGCUGGACUUGACCAAAGACGCCAUCUUCACGCAAAACACCUCGCCCGCCGCGCGUAGCCGUUUCCUCUACUAUCCCGACCACAUCGUGCGCAUGCCCCACCCUUCCUUUGGGCUGGCGGACAACCUGUGGAAUCUGAUCAGAGAACCUGUCUUCGAGACCGCAGUGUUGAGUGGGUUCAGAGAGUUUUUCAAAGAUGGCAGAGAUCCCAGCGUGCAAGAUGAAAGCAUUGGCGACUUCUUCUCGCGCCGAUUCAGCAAGACGAUGGUGGACAACAUUCUGAGUGCUGUAAUCCAUGGCAUUUAUGCGGGCGAUGUCUACAAAUUGUCGGCGAAGAGCUUGUUCCCUAAUCAAUGGCGAGCAGAAGCUGUCCACGGCAGUGUCUUUCUCGCCAUGCUUAAAUCCAGAACCGAAGGCAUUGAGAUGACGAAGAGAGAGGCCGAUUUCCUGCAGGACAUGAAAGCUUUCUCAUGGGACCCGCUACUCAAAAGCACAUUGAAGGACAAUUCGGUAUUUACAUUCAAGGACGGUCUGGGUAUGCUUUCGGACAGGCUGCACUCGAAAUUGUUCGAAUCCGGACACGUGGAGUUCAAAACAGGCACCGCUGUGCAGGCCGUGAAGCAGUCGGAUGGCAACACAGGCAUAGAGGUUACCGCGCAAGGGUCACAAGAGUCGCGACAGCAUAGCCAUGUCAUCUCUGCGCUUUCGCCGGACCACUUGAACAAAGUAGCUGGCACUAGUCUGAUCGGACACAUCCCCAGUGUGAACGUGAUGACUGUCAACCUUUACUUCCGUUCGCCAGACCUGCAUGAGCCUGGCUUUGGCUACUUAAUACCGCGCUCCACGCCUUUCGAGCAAAAUCCGGAGCGUGCAUUGGGCGUCGUAUUCGACACUGCGUACUCUCCGUCGCCUCGCGAUGUCGAUGUAAAGAACUGGAACGAUCUGUCGGUCGAUCAGCUGCGAGCUGCGCGUGAGGCUGGCCAGAUUAUCAAUGUGAACGAUUUUUCUUGGUACAAUAUGCCGGAACCUCCAAAUAUGCAGGAUCACGUCGAGGCCAGAGGGACCAAGCUCACUGUGAUGCUCGGCGGGCACUGGUGGGAUGACUGGCCCGCAUUUCCAAGCGAGGAGGAAGGCGUAGCUCUUGCGCGUUCGGUACUCGAACGCCAUCUCGGCAUCAAGGAGGAACCAGAGGCCUCGCAGGUCAACUUCCAGAAGGACUGCAUUCCGCAGUACACGGUCGGUCACGAACAGCGACUCAAAGACGCCCACAACAAUAUCUGGCGCCAGUACAAGGGUCGGUUACGGGUGGCCGGUAACUGGAUGUCAGGCGUGGGAGUGAACGAUUGCUUGCGGAGCGCACAUGAGGUAGUCAAGAACUUCUCUCGCGACGCGACAGGACUUGAGCAUGUCGGUGAAGCACCAACGGUGCGUCUCGCGCCACUCCGGCCAGGCCAGAAGUCGGGGGAUGAGAGCGAGCGAUAG